AGCCAUGUGUUUUACUUUAGGGAUGUGACUAUGUGAGGUGUAUCUAUGAAUCUAUCCUGGAUAGGAUAUGUUGGCUUGAGUUGUUGCCGGCAGCCCCUCAUCUCCUCCCAAACUCCGGCCCCCACCGGAUAAAAUCAUAAUACACUUCAUGGUUUUUGUGGGGUGGGGACUCGGAACAGAUAAGCUGACUGCAACUACUGACCCCACUGACUCACACGACGACUGUGCCCAUUUACGCAACUAUCCUAACUCAUCCAUCCCCUCCUCCGCCUUCCCCUAUUAAAACCCCCUCUUCGAUCCCAUUAUAAGGAAAAAAAGAAGGAGAAAACACAAAACAAAUGAGUAAAAAUACAGGAAAAGUAGAGAGAAAGUGUGUGAGUGGAGAGAGAGAGAGAGAUAGACAGAGAGAAAACUCAUACCAAGUCUAGUCUUUUCUUUUCUCUCUUGCUUGCUUAGAAGAACGACCACUUCAAAGUCUCAGUCGGGCAGUAAAAUGGCCAUGGAAUUAGAGGAUGACGUGUUCUUUGCCGACCUGAGCCAACGGAUUGCACUUCUUAUCAUGGACGAUGAUGAAGAUCCUGUCGCACGUUGUCCCUCUGUUUCUCCCCAGGCUUUCUCCCAGGCUUACUACCCUGUUGCACCACUGCCAGUGUUGUACGAGCAAAAUUGCAGAAGGGAAAGCAAGGGGACUGGGGUUUUUAUUCCUCGCUCAUCUCUGCCAAGAAGGAAGAACAGACAAGGAAGGGUUACUUCAAUCAACACCAAACCCUGCAGACAGCCUGACAAAUCAAGAGCAGCCUCUCAAGUAACCUAUAGCAAUGACCCAUCUUGUAAUUGUUACAGCUCCAAAAAGUGUUAGAAAGGAGAAGCACUGAGGAGCAAGGAGAGGUGUAUAAUUCAAUAAUGUCUACUAAUUACAGUUUCUGUCAUCUGUUAGGCUGAGUUUUUCGAUUGUGUUCAUGUACAUGGAAAGUUAAUUUGGUAUAUCAAUUCCUUCUGGGUUGGAGAAGAGGAUGCUACUAAGGGUUGUGCCUCUUCUCUUAUAAAAAUGUAUGGUUAUUAUUGAGCUUGAUAAUUAAAAAAUGAUAAGUUUGUCUUGUU